CUUGUCGUGUGGACUUCAAACUGACUUCUUUUCGGGCCCUUCCCCUAAAAUGAUACGUCAAAAUGGAUGGACGGCGUGAAUAAACGUAUCCAUGACGGUGGGCCCCACAGAGCCCCUGACAUGAUCGUCCGUCUGCAGCCAAAGUCCUGGUGGGGUAGUACCCAAUCCGCGCCCCUUCUCUCGACAUUUCCAUCCGGGCGGUUAGGCAUCAAAACGCCACAGCGCUUUUGCCUGCGAUAGGAGAAAAAAAUGGCGUUCGGCGUUACUCCUCGAACCCUCUUCCUUGUCCCUAGCCCUAGCCCUAACCCUAAAUUCUCCUUUCCAACCAAACGCCUCCACCUCUCUCAUCUCCCUUCUCCAAAACCCCUCAAUCUCAUUCUCCCCACGGCCAAACGCUCCCCGUCCCUUCAAAUUUCAGCUCUCUCCUCCACUGCUACCCCACCUGACACUUCAUCUUCAUCGUCAUCAUCGUCGAAUUCCCUCCUCUCUGAAUCUACCCGCACUGUCUCGUCAAUCCUCGCUGUCGCUUUCUCCAUCUCCAAACUCUUCUUUGAUGUCAUCCAGCGGUUCUCUGAUAAGAUCGGCAGGGUCUGCCUUGCUCCCACCCCCGAUGAGCUGGCGACGAUCCAGAACCUGCGUGGGAACAUGGCCUGUGCGGCGGGGCCUCUCUUCUUCGCGGUCAUCCGUGACCGGCCCAGCGGCUACCUGAACACCCCGUUGACUGUCGUCGCAGCAGGGAUGGCGAAGUGGCUCGAUAUCUACAGCGGGGUCCUGAUGGUCCGCGUCCUGCUCAGCUGGUUCCCAAACAUCCCAUGGGACCGGCAGCCAUUGUCGGCGAUCAGGGAUCUGUGCGACCCAUACCUGAACUUGUUCAGGAACAUCAUCCCGCCGGUUUUCGAUACGUUGGACGUGAGCCCGCUUCUCGCCUUUGCGGUCCUGGGGACUCUUGGGUCGAUUCUGAACAAUAGCAGAGGAAUGUAUUGAUGGGAGGCGAUUUUAAGCGGUAUAUUUUGAGAACAGUAUAAUUCAAGUACGGGUUAAAAAGGGCUAGUUUUGUUCAACCUUAGUUUUUGAAUAUCUUUUUCUUUUCGUUGCUUUUAUGUGUCUUGUUCGAUAUUGCAUUGUAAUUUUGGAUUUCAAAGAAAUAACAUGUUAUUUCUGAGGUUAGAAAUAGUA